AUGUGCAGUUUGGAGAGACGCGGCGAUGUUUUCAUCCUCACAAUCACCGGCGACGAUCAGCACCGCCUCAACCCCAAUCUAAUCGACUCAAUCCGGGCGGCGCUCGCCCGGGUCAAGUCAGAAUCGUCUCUCUCCGCCACGGCGCUCAUCACCACAGCUCAGGGAAAGUUCUUCUCCAACGGCUACGAUCUCGAUUGGGCGCUAUCCGACCCGGCCCGAAUCCGGCCAAAAAUCAUGUCGAAGAAGCUCCGUCUCCUGGUGGAGGACCUAACUUCUCUCCCGAUGCCAACAAUCGCGGCGGUCAACGGACACGCCUCCGCCGCCGGGUUCGUCCUCGCCCUCAGCCACGACUACCUCCUCAUGCGGAGGGACCGAGGGUUCCUCUACAUGAGCGAGCUCGACAUCGGCUACACGAUUCCCCGGUGGUUCGUGCAGGUUGUUAAAAGCAAGACGGAAUCCCCGAGGAUUUGGAGGGGAGUGGUGAUGGCGGCGGUGAAGAUCACGGCGGAGAUGGGGGUGGAGUGGGGGAUUGUGGAUUCGGCUCACGACGGUGCUGAGGCGACGGUGGAGGCCGCGGUGAGGCUGGGGAGGGAUUUGGUGAGGAGGAAGUGGGAUGGGGAGGUGUACGCCGCUAAUCGGAGGAUUGUGUUUGCUGAGGUGUUGGCGGUGCUCGGCUCCGAUGAGACUGUUGGAGAUUCCGGCGAUUUCGAGGUGGUUUCAAGGUUGUGA